UAUUUUUAGCAUAUCCUCCCUAAAACUCCAUUUUAAAAAUGUUAUAUUUUCCUUCAUUCCUCGGAGGACAAGAUUCCUUCAUGUUCUUUAUUGUUGUCGGUGACAAUUUGAGAAUUCUUCCCAAUUAGCUCAGAAACCCAACCAACUAUGGCGUUUGCACCAGAUCUCUUCUGCUGAUACACUGUGCAGUGACAGAAUCCCUCCCGGUCAAAUGCUUCAAUGCCCGCCUUCCUUCCUUCCUCUCUCUUUCGCCGACAUAACAUGAGAAGCCACAGAUCUUCUCAUCCUCACUCUGCGACCCACUUCAUUCUCUACACUCUCGUUCUCUUCUCUUCAUCCUCGGGGACCGUCCUAGCACGGAAAGUCGACCCUUUGAUUCAGCUCCCUCGUACCCUCCCGUCCCGGAACAGACACGUGUCCAAAAGGGUUCUUCUCGUCGACGAUCAUGGAGCCAGGGGGGAUGGUUUCUCCGAUGACACCGACGCUUUUAAGAAGGUGUGGAAGAAGGCUUGUUCUUUAAGAGCGCCAUCUCGGAUCAAGAUCCCCGAUGGGAAGACUUAUCUGGUCGGUCCCAUUGAUCUGUCAGGACCCUGUAGAUCAAAGGUCACUUUGCAGAUUUCUGGUAGCAUUGUCGCUCCCGAAGAUCCCCAACUUUGGGAUGGGUUAAAUCCCCAUAAGUGGCUCUACUUCCAUGGGGUAAACCACCUCACUUUAGAAGGCAGAGGCAGAAUUAAUGGAAUGGGACGUAAAUGGUGGGCGCAGUCUUGCAAGACAAACUCAACAAAUCCAUGUCAGCCUGCUCCAACGGCUAUCACUUUCCACAGAUGCAAGAAUUUGAGGAUUCAGUACCUGACAGUGAUUGAUAGUCCAAAAAUGCAUAUUGCAUUCACAAAUUGUCUCCAAGUUAAAGCGUCCAAUCUUACAGUUAUAGCUCCACGAGCGAGCCCUAAUACUGAUGGAGUGCACAUCAGUGCUUCCCGCGCAAUUGAGGUCGAAAAUACCAUGAUCAGAACAGGAGAUGAUUGCAUAUCUAUCGUCAGCAACUCUUCGGGGGUCACAAUAAAAAAUAUCAUAUGCGGUCCUGGACAUGGUAUCAGUAAAUUGUGUUCUCGCUCUGCUAGUAUUGGGAGCUUGGGGAAGUGGAACUCGUUGUCAGAGAUCCGCAAUGUGAUUGUAGAUGGAGCAAUCCUGUCCAAUACCGACAAUGGGGUCAGGAUCAAAACAUGGCAGGGAGGCAGCGGCUUUGCCUCUGAUAUCGUCUUCCAGAACGUGUGGAUGGAGAAUGUAUCAAAUCCCAUAAUCAUCGACCAAUACUAUUGUGAUUCAUUUCUUCCUUGUCGAAACCAGACCGAGUCCGUGAAAGUGAAAAAUAUAGUGUUUAUGCACAUAAAGGGGACAUCUGCUACCGAGGCAGCCAUAACAUUUGCUUGCAGCGAUGAGUCCCCAUGCGAAGGCUUAUACUUGGAAGAUAUAGAGCUCGUGUCACAUGCUGGCGGGCUAACAAGAGCUCUCUGUUGGCAAGCUUAUGGUGAUACUCUAGGCGUGGUUUAUCCUCCUGUUCCUUGCUUCUCAGACGCUAAUGAUAAUAGCUUCAUGGAGCAGAAAGGAGAUUCCAGGAUUUCUGCUCCUUCGUUUCGUUAAGACUGGAGAAAGUGGAUCAGAAACUCGAAUAUAAGACUCUGUUUAUGUAUUUAGUCAAAGAUGUACAUCCAUCUUCUCUAAAGAGUUAAGAGCAAAUUUUGGGACGUCUCUGUUUCUUCAUAUUCUUUCUUCUGUGGAAUAAGCUCUGAAAACUUACCCA